CCUUGCCCGGGUUUUCCGGAAUUUGGGGAGAGUUGCAGGGGAACAAGAUGGCAUUUUUGAGUCAGCACUUGCGCGAGCUGCAGGGACCUUUGCUCCCACCCAAGGACUUGGUGGAGGAGGACGAUGACUGUCUGAAGGAGGACGUGGAGGAGGAUGAAGACCUGGAGUUUGUCGAUGCCGAGGAGCUCUGCAGUGGGGGCGUAAAGGCGGGCACCCUCCCGGGGCGCCUUCGCGUUGUAAUUUCUGAUGAAAACACUCAAGAGCAAUGUGACGUGUUUGGACGUUUUCCAGUAACGGGUCCUUGGUGGCGAGUGAAGGUGCAAGUGAAACCUAUGGGAUCAAGGAGCUAUCAAGUUCAAGGAUUUCCAUCUUACUUUUUACAGUCUGAUAUGUCACCACCAAAUCAAAAACACAUCUGUUCCCUGUUUCUUAAAGACUGUAAUUUCCCCAGUGAUUAUAUAAAUAAAUUUUUAGCAUGGGUAAAUGCUGUAUCAAGCUUUAAAAACCUCAACUUUGAAAAUCUUAGGGAAACAUUAAGAACUUUCCAAAAGGAAACUGGAAGGAAUGGUCAAAAAAAGUCUACACAGAAUGAACAGGAAGAGUCUCUACCAGAAAACGAGAUGUGGCUCCCUGUGGAAAACACAAUUCCAUUUAAAAGUAUAAUGACAGCUUUGCAGUUUCCAAAAGUAAUGGAAUUCCUUCCAGUUCUUCUGCCUCGACACUUUAAACGGCUCUUAAGCUCAGGUUCUAAGGAGGUGUUGGAAGACCUAGAAGAGAUGUUAGGUACACAUCCAUGGAAACUUGGAUUUAGUAAAAUAACCUACACAGAACUGAAGCUUUUGCAAUGUGAGGCGAGUUGGACAUCAUUUUGUCAGUGCAAGUCUCUUCUCCAGCUGAUGAGUGAUUUGGAGAAGAAUGCAUUAAUAAUAUAUUCGAAACUGAGGCACAUAUGUCGAGACCAAGGGCACACGUGCAUUGAAGAGGCUGACUUAACUUCUAAGUUGUCAGACCAUAUGUCCUUCCAAGACGCUUGGCGGUCUCUGAAGUUUUUGAAGGACAUUGGUGUGGUGACAUACGAGAAGGGCUGUGUCUUUCUUUAUGACCUUUACCAGGCUGAGCGAGGCAUUGCCUCUUCAAUAUGUGACCUGAUGACAAGGCCUCCAUGGCAUUUACAUGUCGAUGUCAAGAGGGUGCUUGCGUUAAUUCACACUACAAAACCUGAGAAAUCAGGAAGCGACGAGACAUUGAAUGAAAGUCAACCGGAUGAAACGGGUUUAGAAAAUCCUGUGGAUGUUCUGGACUCACAGGACAGCGGUGACCAUGUUUGCAGUAACGGUAAAAGUGAAGUGAAUGUAGAAACAAGUGAAGGUCAGCUGGAUCAGGAUCAGGUGGCUGCUUUGGAAAUGGUUUGCUCCAACGCCGUGACGGUCAUCAGUGGAAAAGGUGGUUGUGGGAAGACCACCAUUGUUAGCCAUCUUUUUAAGCAUAUGGAGCAGUUGGAAGAAAGAGAGGUAAAAAAAGCUUGUGAGGAUUUUGAACAAGACCAGGAUGUCUCAGAAGAAUGGAUCACCUUUACCGAGCAAAGCCUCCUGAAGGCAGACAAGGCGAUAGAGGUGUUACUGACAGCACCAACGGGGAAAGCGGCUGGCUUAUUGCGAGAGAAGACUGGUUUUAAUGCUUAUACGCUGUGUCAGGUCAAUUACAGCUUUUAUUUAUGGGAGAAAAAAAGCCUGGCCAAGAACCAUCCAUGGAAAUUUUCUUCAGUUAGAGUUCUGGUUGUGGAUGAAGGGAGUUUGGUAUCUGUCAGAAUCUUCAAAUCGGUUUUAAAGUUAUUGUGUGAGCACUCCAAACUUUCUAAGCUUAUUAUCCUUGGUGAUAUUAGACAGUUGCCCAGCAUCGAACCUGGUAACUUGCUGAUAGAUCUUUUUGAGACUCUUAAGUCAAGAAAUUGUGCUAUUGAACUAAAGAAAAACCAUAGAGCAGAAUCUGAGCUAAUUGUCAACAAUGCCACAAGAAUCUCAAGACGCCAAUUUCCAAUAUUUGAUGCAGAGCUGAAUAUCUCUGAUAAUCCAACACUCCCUGCCUCAAUACAAGAUAAAACAUUUAUUUUUAUCAGACUCCCAGAAGAGGAUGCCAGCUCUCAGUUAUCGAAAAAUGAUCCUCACUCUUAUUUAUAUUCUGCAGUUAGAGCCUUACUCAAAGAAAAUGACCUACAAGAUGCGCAAACAUCCCAAUUUAUUGCCUUUAGAAGGCAAGACUGUGACGUCAUCAACGCCUGCUGUUGCAAGCACUACACGGGCCACCUAAUCAAAGACCAUCGGAAUAGACUUCAGUUUGGAGUUGGUGAUAAAAUUUGUUGUACCAGGAAUGCAUAUCUCUCGGAGUUACUCCCUGAAAGUACCUCUCCCAGUCAGGAAAGUAAUGAACGAGAGGCCAGUGGUGAAGACUUUAGUGGUACUCCUCAUGGUUUUGCUAAAAAUAAGCAUGACUUUGAAAGUGAUAUUCGACUCUGCAAUGGAGAAAUAUUUUUUAUAACAAAGGAUGUCACUGAUGUAACUUUUGGAAAGAGAAGAUCUUUGACCAUUAAUAAUGCAGCUGGCUUGGAAAUAACGGUGGACUUUGAAAAACUAAUGAAAUAUUGUCACAUUAAACAUGCAUGGGCAAGAACUAUCCACACUUUUCAGGGGUCUGAGGAGAAGACGGUGGUGUACAUGGUUGGGAAGGCGGGCCGUCAGCACUGGCAGCACGUCUAUACCGCCGUGACCAGGGGCCGCUGCAGAGUGUAUGUCAUCGCGGAAGAGUCUCACCUCCGGAGCGCAAUUAUGAGAAACGGUGUUCUCAGAAGAACUCGCUUAAAACAUUUUUUGCAAAACAAGCUCUCCACGAGCUGUGCGUCUCCAGCAGACUUCGCCUCCCUGUCCAGGAGCUCUGGAGAGAGCAGAGGACUGAGCGCACAGGCCUCAGCAUCCUCAGUCCCUCCAGUCACAACCACCAAUGUGACAGCCGGUGUCCCUGGAAGCAGGGCCUCUGCGGCUGAUGACAGGACAUUCGCCUUUCCUGAAGGACGGAAAUUACCUUCAUCCGAUGAAGUGGAUCCAGAGGAAGAUCCAUCAGAACUUCGUGGGUCCAAAAGAGCCUGUGGCCUGAGUGGUGUGGAAAGUCCAAGCAAAAUCCGGAUGGUGGAAGAAUCUUCCCCACAAGUGUCUUCCAGACUUCAGAAUUUGAGACUAAAUCGUUUAACCCCCAGGCAACUUUUCAUAUCCACAAAUAAUCAAGAAACUUAAUUCUGUUUCCGAUUGCUCAAAGUAAUUACCUCUUUCAUUUUUCCUACUCAACACAAAAUGAACAUCAUAGCUUCAAACUAUCAAGAUAUAAAACAGGAUGUCUGUGACUGGAGUUUUAUUUUAAGAUGUUCAUGUUAGCAUAUAUUUUAAACUCAUUUGAUCGGAGAAAACCAUAAUGAUUUCAACAUCUGUCAUCAGGAGGACUGGUAGCACUGGACAUAAAUGCAGGCAAAAUUUGUUGUUGUUGUUUUUGUUUUUUUAAACUCUGUACUUUAUUUUUUUUUAUUUUUUAUUUUUUAUUUUUUAAAGAUUUUAUUUAUUUAUUUGACAGAGAGAGACAUAGCGAGAGGGAACACAAGCAGGGGGAGUGGGAGAGGGAGAAGCAGGCUCCCCGCAGAGCAGGGAGCCCGAUGUGGGAUUCGAUCCCAGGACCCCGGGACCAUGACCUGAGCUGAAGGCAGUCGCUUAACCAACUGAGCCACCCAGGCGCCCCUAAACUCUGUACUUUAGAAAGUGUUUUAUUUUUACACUAAUGCCUUUAUUGACUUCCAUGAUCACUGUAGGUGCUCUUUGCCAAUGGUUUGAAGCCAUGGUCCGGAGAAACUGUAGUUACGCCUCCUGUAUUAUUGACACACAUUUCAGGAUGUUGGGGCUUCUGCCAGUUGUUCAGCUUGCAACACUGCUGCUCGCUCCGUCACUGCUGGCCGGACCCACUUCACCCGCAACUGUUUUCCUGGAAAUUACCUUCAGAGUUGGGAGUAUACUUUUUUUUUCUUAAUUGGAGAUAUAAUUGACAUAUAACACUAUGUAAGUUGAAGGUGUACUGCGUAUUGAUUUGAUACAUUUAUAUAGUCCCUGUGAUUACUAGGUGAGCUUAAUUGCAUUAGCUAAAACCUCCAUCAUGUCACAUAGUUGUCAUUUCCUUUAGGAAUACGUUGUUUUGAAGAUACUCCACUUGGGAAAAUUAUUUUCUCUCAGAAUGAUUUUUAUUUUAUUUUAUUUUUUUAGAGUUUUAUUUCUUGUUAAAUGGUAAAAGAAAAAGUUGAGAAAAAAAUUUACCUGUUAUUCCAAUAUUUGAAAAAUAGCCUCACUGAGAUAUAAUUUACAUACAAUUCACCCAUUUCAGGUGUACAACUCAGUGGCUUUUAGUAUAUUCACAGAGUUGUGCUGGUACCACCACAACGGGUUUUUGAACAUUUUUAUCACCACCCCCUCCAAGAAACCCUGUACCUCUUGGCUCUGAUCCUCUCAUCCCCUCCAGCCCCAGGCAACUAUGGAUUUAUUUUGUCCCCAUUGAUUUGCCUGUUCCAGACAUUUCAUAUAUAAAUGGAAUCAUACACUGCGAGGUCCUUUGUGACCGACUUCUUUAACUUAGCAGAAU